GAGACCUAAAAGGGCCAAGGUCAGGGCUCGACCGCCAGCGCCGCCGCCUCCAAUGGUUGCCAGGACAUUGCAUCAUCCUCCAAGCAUGACUCACCUACUUAAAGACUCGUGACCCUGAAAGGAGGGGGAAAUUUUGGGAGGAGUCACUUCCGGGUGCGACGCGGCAGUAUCCACCACCACCGAGGGGCUGCGUCAUCCACCCUUGGAAAGGCGGGGCAUGGUGGAGAGCGGCGGCAGCGAUUGGACGCUUCGAAUGAAAAAUCGCAUCCUUAUACACCAUCACACUUGAAAACAGACACAGCGUAGGCGUUACCUGAACCAUGAUGGCAGAAUCACUGCCCUUCUCUGUGGGCACCCCAGUGCCCACCUGGGAGCUAGAAGCCUGGUACGAGGACUUGCAGGAGGUGCUCUCCUUGGAUGUAACCAGCAGGACAGACCCCCCUGUAGGGGGACAGGAACAGAAGGAGUUUGAUGGCAUUGACAAUACUGCUGUACUGUGGAACUUGGAAGUUUCUGAUCCCUUGGAAGCCAGUGGGAGUGAGGUAGCUGGAAACUGUGAGCUGGACCUUGACCUCACAGCUGAACUGCUGGGACUGCUAGAGGAGGAGCCUGCAGGACCCCCUGAAUCAGACUCUAGCCACAGUUCCCCAGCCCAGACUGGGACAGAUGAGGAGGAAGGGGUGUCUACCAGCCAGAAGAGGAAGCAGAGCGGACAGCCCCACCACGGAGGCAAGAGGCAGCGAGGCAGAGAGCGGGAGCAGGAGAAUGAGCGCAGGGUGGCGGAGCUGAUGGCCCACAACGAGUAUCUCCAGCAGGAAAUCAAGCGGUUGAGUGCUGAGGUAGAAGCAACAAGAGCAGCGCUCAUCCAGCGUAUGGUCAGCCUAAAGACUUAAUGGAGCGGCAUAACUUCCUGUCUGUACUGAACUGAUGACUGACUUGCUGCAGACCAAAUAUUCACUGUUCUCAACCUGAGCAUCUAUGACUUGUAAGCAACAUGCUAAAAAGGAAAGGGCCAAGCACUUUCUUGCAACAAGGGGUAUGAGUCACCCUGGCCUGGUAGACUGGUGCCGUUCCAUAGACUAACUUCCUUUGGACUUGAGUUGCUUAUUUCUAUUCUGGUUUAGUGAGCCUGCCUUUCCAAAAAACUGAGCUACAAAAGGUGACCAUGCAACUUGACUAUGCCAGAGAAACUCUGUCUUUGAUGGGCUACUGUUUUUUCCAGCUGGUCUUGCUCUUAACCUAACCACCUCCCUCUUGCCAAAAAAGGUAGGAGGAGUAGAAAAAGCAUGCAUGUCAGAAUGCAAUAAUAGCUUUUGUACUUAUAGAUGUAUAUUUAACCAAUGAAAUAUUUAUUUCUCACUAUAUUUAAAAUACUUCAAAGGAUUCUUAAUUGUUCAUCAAUGCAUUACAAAACAGGAAAGGACUACAUAACUUAAUGGUGUGAAAAUGUGAGAAACUGAACUCCAUCACUGAUGUGCAGAUAGCAAAACAAGCCUGCUGAUCCAAGCCAGGGGAUGCUGCAGGACCCACCGACUCACUUUCUCUUUUUCCCUUUUCCCUCAGCUAGGCUGAGCCGCUUCUGUAGUUCCGCUAACUUUGAGAUUGCAGCAUCAACCUGCUUCUUCUCAGCUUUCUGGGCCUUCAGCUGCUGAAUGUGGUUAUCCUAGACAGAGAGAGCCUGGAGUUAAAAUACUGUAGCUUUGUAGGGGCAGCAGGUUGAAUCCUGCAAGGCAAGAUUGCGUGUUUUUCUUGAAAAAGGCAAACUACACAAGUUACAGCAGCCGAAACUUGCAGCAGACAUUUUGCCUAGUAGAGUUCAAUGUCCUUUCAGCCUACCCCACCCCAAGCAGCACAGGGUGUCUCCUUAACCCUUCCAUCUUUUAAAGGUGGCUCUCCCCUUACUCUUGCCUGCAUGCCACCUCUGCCCUCUUGCUUAUCAUCACCACACCAGCCUUGUUCAGACCUUGGCUGCUCUUCAUGCAUGCACAUGAACACACAACCUAUACCCCCCUUUUCCAAGCCUCGUGUGAGGUAUUUUCCCCAGUCAAACUUGAUCAAGUACUCUGAAAACUUACAGGUUGUAAACAUUCUAUUGCUGGCAGUUAUAAUCAUGACAAGUUCAUUACCACUGCAGGACUUAUUUAAGAAAAACCGAAACCAGAUUAGAUUUGCAUUAAAAAUAAGAUAAGGCUUAAACAGCAGUUAAUAUGCAGAAGCGUGGUUUUCAGCUAGUGCAACCUAUGCUUACUCUAGGUGUUUGUUUUUAAUGUCACUGUAGAACAGACUUGACAGAGGGGAACCUCGCAGAGAUGUGACCUUUCUAUCUGAUGCUUGCCCUUUGUUAAGUUUAUACUAUAAGGCUGGAUCCAUUCUAGACUAAGGAAACCUUGUUCCAUUUUAUGCUGUCCUGUUUUGGUGAAAGUUAGAAACAAACAUUUCUUUUAAAACAUUUCAUUCUCCAAGUGCUGAGGAAGUGAACUGGCAGGCAGCCAUGCAGCAUGACGACUCCUGGCAAAAUUUAUAAAUCUAUCCAACUUCUUAAAAAGUUUACAAUGCAGCCUUACCCAACCUGGUGCACUCCAAAUAUUUCAGACUACAGGUCCCAUCAUCCUUUGCAAGCCUUAGUAUGGGCUGAUGGGAAUUAAGAGGGCAUCAGGUUCGGGAAGAAUGGUCCAAUACAGUGGUUAUUCUAUACAGGCUGAUGGUCCAUUAAAAAAAACCUAUUUAGACUGUGCAGUCUCACCUGUUUGGCUACUUCUUCCUGAAGUUCCUUUGCUCCCACGACCUGUUCACCCUUUGAAGCUGCUUUUUGCUUGAAGAUUUGGAGGGUGGGGGAAAGAGAGAGAGAAGGGAAUGUAAAUGAGUCAGCUACUUAGCAUCCAGGGAACAAGCAUAACCAGAACUGCUUUAGUAUUGUCUUCAGAAGGAACCAAACUACUGCCAGGUACAGAAGAAGGGUCACAACAGUUUCAUAAUCCUAACUACAUGGCAGUCGGGAUUACACACCGCUGUAGGACACACUCUUGUUCAUAAACUACCACUGAAGUAAACCUCCAUCCACCACCAUAGAAGGUUGGCCACUGGUCCAGGCAGUUAUUCCCACAAUAAUCAGUAAAGGGCUACAACAGGACAAGAGUCAUGGCAAUACAUACGAAGCCACGUAAUGUAUCCAAGCAGGCAGGGCUAGAAGCCAUGCAUUCUACCUCUGGGAUUAGAUAAGGAUGGCUCUCACCCCCAUCUCCAAAAAAAAAGGGGGGGCUCUGUGUUUUUAAAUGCCUUGUUAAGCAACAGGCAGAGAGAGGUAGAAAUUCUGUAGGUGAAGCCUGUCCAAUGUAUUUACACCAUUCCUGUCAUGCAUAUGGAAGAGUCUUGAUGAGUAUGAUACAUAAGGGCUGCGUUGUCUUUUUGAUGGCUGUUUGAAAAGAAUUCUGGGACAUUUGACUGAACUUCUUAAGGUGGGGGAAGUGAGGGAUGUACUGGAGAACAGAGAGGGCAUGAAAGGCAGAGAAAAGCCCUCCCCAACCUGGCACUCUCCAGUUGUUUUGGACUACAGCUCCCAUCAGCUGAGUGUGCUGGAGAGUCAUCUAUGUGUGAAGGGCAAGCAAGGUAGCUAACCUAUGACGAGGGGAUGAGAGAAAAACAGAUAAAGUGGAAAAAUAAGAAUGAACUCAGUGAGGAGAGAGAUCACGAACAGGAUGUACUCCGAGCUGAGACAGGAAACAAACUGAGCCCCAACUGGAGGGGGGGGGCAAAAGUAUUUGUUGAAGUGUUGCCCAUCUUUGAGCUGCAGGGGGAGCUACACUCCCCGCUGGGAGACCUCUGUCAUCCAUGAGAAGCAGGAGGUGCCUGUGAACCUGUUUAGUGUGUUUUCUGAACCCACCUUGGCAAUGAAGUAGAAUACAAAUUAAAUAAUAAAAACAAGCACAGAGUCAGACCUGCCCCUCAGCCAUUUCUCCAGCACAUUUGCCUGCCCCAUUACUCAGUUGGCCAGAGAUACAAACCACACUGUCAAGGCACCAGGCAGGGCACAGGGACUGUCCUGUUGCUUGACACUUUUCUGUAGUACGGAUUUACUCGUGGCCAAAGGAAGAAAAAGAUGGCCAUCACUGUUAAUAAACUAUUGAUCUAACUUUGUGAAGGAAAGCUUUUUGGUUAGUUUAUACUGCAGCUUGAGCAAGGUAAGGACCACCAGUGUGUCUGUACCUCAUGCAAGUGUUAGAUCAGGUGUGGGGAACCUUUGGCCCUCCACAGGCUGCUGAACUACAACUUCCAUCAGCCCCAGCGAGCAUGGCUAAUGGCCAGGGAUGAUGGGAGCUGUCGUUCAGAAACAUCUGAAGGGCCAAAGAUUCCCUGCACCUAUGUUAGAUCCACAAGGAGCCUCCUCGGCACCCCAAAGUUACUCAUAGUGAGCAGGAAGUGUCCCAGGGAGAGAAACGUUUACCUUUAGAUUCAGCGGGAAGUCUUCAAACUGGAAAAAGGAAACAAGACAAGAGCAGUGGAGAGGCAGGAGAGAGACAAGCAAUUAGGUGCUAUAGCAGAGAGAUAAGAACUUUACAAGCAGCCUAGAGCAGUAUUACCCAAGCCCCCCCUCCAAAAAAGAGUGUGAAGGAGGAUACAAGAGAUGCUGGGAGUGUAGGAUCCUUCCACAUCCAGCUAGCAGACACACUGCCCUUUAACCCCAGCCAAGAAGUGCUAACUAGUGUGGCUGCUGUGGAAGUUGGGUAGAUGACUAGCCUGGGAAUUAAACUGUAAGUGCAUAGGUACUAUGGGGAAAAAGGAAGCAGAGAGUGAAAAGCAUUGAAACACACACACCCCGAAUCACUACAUCUGAAUUAAAUGGGAGGGAGGUAUUAGAAAGGGUCUCCCCCAAAGAGUGUGAAAGGAGAGAAAGAGUUGCCCGUCUGCAGAGAAACCCAUCCAUCUGUUUCCGUACAAGUUGCUAUUCAGAGUGUGCCUCUUGACUGGAAACAGGCAAGCCCUGAGCAGCAACUCAUGCAGAGAUAUGACAGGCAGAUUUCCCAGAGGGCAGGCAAUUCUGCUAUGUGAAUGAUCCAAUCACACCUCAUGCAGGGCAAGAUGACCUGCCUCCUGUAGAGGCUGACUGGAAGAUGUGGCCAGAGCAAGCAAAUCAGGUAGAGAUCCAGUGGGUAGCUGGAGUCUUUCAUAGAAUCAUAGAAUAGUAGAGUUGGAAGGGGCCUACAAGGCCAUCGAGUCCAACCCCCUGCUCAAUGCAGGAAUCCAAAUCAAAGCAUUCCCGACAGAUGGCUGUCCAGCUGCCUCUUGAACGCCUCCAGUGUCGGAGAGCCCACUGCCUCUCUAGGUAAUUGGUUCCAUUGUCGUAUGGCUCUAAAGACUCAUUCCUUUCUUGUCUCACACGAACAGUUAUCUCAUUCCACCACUCUGAUACACAGUUUGGGAAUUACUGUGUUAAGAGAGUGCAAUGGUGAAGUGUUCGGAAUGGAGAGGUACAGCAUACCAGCCAAAACACAUGAUGCAUUUUCAUCACUGACUUGCAAAAUAGAGCUUCAGUAGCUUUGCAAUAACUAUUCUAGCAUGCUGCCACUCUCAGACAUGGGGGGGGGGAGAAGAGUCACGACAGAGCCUUCUUUGUGAUCGCCCAAGAAUGCGGAACUCCCUCCCCACAGAUUUGCGUUUGGCACCAUCUCUUUACAGCUUCUGUUGGUUGCUGUAUUCUGGCCUUUGACAAUGGAAGAAUUUAUUUUGAUGUCCUCCCUGUAAUGUAUAGGUGGGGUUGUUGCUUAUCAUUUUCAGUGAAUUGUGUUUUUAUAUGCUAUAACCCAUCCUAGGAUGGUGGGCAAAGAAACAAUCAUUAUCGAUCAGGUUGGUAGAACUGGAGGGUAUACAGUAUAGUGCUGAGGGAAGAGACUUGUGCAGUGGCAACACAAAGUCAACUUUGUGGAGUUGCUUGCCUGCUGGUUCUUGAGCACUGCAGCUCUAAGUGGCCUCUGCUUAUCGACAGAGUGAACCCCACCCCAGAGCAGAGGCUCUUCCAGAGUCUCAUUCAGUGUGCUCUCCUACAACUCUUUUCUUUGUAUCUGAUUAAACACUGACUCCACCCACUUACUGCACAAGGUUCUCCCAAAGAGGUCCUGUGUGAUCGUCUCAGCUGCCUCUCCUUACCUGGCCACCACCAAAGCGCUUUCUCAGGUUUUCAACUUGUUCAGUCUCCAGCUUCUGGAACAGAGGGGUCACCUGAUGGAAAAUGAAGGAGUCAUGUGAACAAAUCCAUGGGAUCCAUUGUAAAUUUGUUGCAUGUAUUCCGAAUGCUUACCAUGUGUGCUCUAGGUAUCCUAAAGAAAUUUAAAUUUCUAGUCCUCACGGCUGUAGAGAAAAGUUUGUAACUGUAUGAACCUAUCUGUUAGGAGUGGGAAGCUAGCAAGGGUAAGUGAAUGACAGGACAGAACGUAAGUUUCCAUCUUUGACUGGAGCUAUCAUCCUUGUCUCCUUGACAAUCAAUCUUCUGCCAACACAAUUCCAGGUACACAAAAUUCUGCUUCAGCAUCAGGCUGGCAUCAAGACCUGCCACAAUUAGAAAUGACAGAGUAUUGGGCACUACUUGACACUCCUUUUGGAAGGACCUAAAUGGAUAGACAAGAUAUCAUGCUCCAGGGUCUGAUGAUCAUAUUUAAGGCCAGGAAGUAAUUCAGUCAAUUUAGCUAGCGACAACUGGAUAUGUUUUGGUCUUCCUUUGCAGCACCUGGCUUAGCUAACUGGAGUAAGGUGGAAUCAUUUUCUCAGUUUCUUUCCCAAGAUAAUGCUGGACUAUGGUUCCCAUCAUCCCUGACCAUUAGCCAUAGUGGCUGGAGCCGAUGGGAGUUGUAGUCCAAUGACAUCUGGAGGGCUACAGGUUCCGCAUCCCAGGUCUAGAAUGUCUGUUGUUCAGGGAUGGGGAUAAUAUAUGGAUGAUCCUGCUUUGCAAUAUACAGUGCCUUGCAAAAGUAAUCAGACCCCUGACCAAUGGUCUCAUAUUACUGAAUUAAAAAUGGUACAUUGUAAUUUUGUUCCAUAUGAUAUUUUAUUUUGAAACACAAACUCAAAAAUUAUUAUAAGGUGGCACUGGUUUUAUGUUGGGAGAUGUUUGUAAGAAACAUAAAAAACUGAAACAUGUUGCUUGCAUAAAUAUUCAACCCCUGUGCUCUGGAAGCUCUCAGUUUACACAGAUGAAAGCAACUGCCCUGUUGAGGACACAGUUACCUUACCAUUGGCCUCCACCUGUGAACCAUUAACGUUGCAGUCCCACUGUCAGGAUAAAACCCCCACUGUUGAAGGAUCAUUGUUCAGGCUGUGGAUCUGAAGGAAAAUGAAGACCAAAGAGUGUUCUACAGAAGUGAGAGAUAAUGCAUAAAUUAGGAAAAGGUACGAAAUAAUACCCAAGUGUUUGGAUAUCCCAGUGAGCACAGUUGGAUCAAUAACCAGGAAGUGGAAGUGCAUCACACCACCCAGGCACUGCCAAAAAAAGGCCAUCCCUCAAAACUCAGCACUCAAACAAGGAGACUUGUGAGAGAAGCCACAGAGAGGCCAACAAUCUCCUUAAAGGAGCUACAGAGUUCAGUGGCUGGGAGUGGAGUAAUGAUGCACCAGUCAACCACAUCAACAGCUCUGCAUAACACUGGCCUGUAUAGGAGGGUGGCAAGACAGAAGCUAUUACUCAAAAAAUAUCAUCUGAAAACACAUCGGGAGUUUGCCAGAAAGCAUGGGAUGCCCCAGCUGUGAUGUGGGAAAAGGCUUUGUGGCCAGAUGAGACCAAGAUGGAGCUUUUUGGCCAAAACUAACACUGCCCGUGCCUCGAGACACACCAUCCCUACAGUGAAGUAUGGUGGUGGCAGCAUCAUACUCUGGGGAUGCUUCUCAUCAGCAGGGACUGAGCAUCUUGUUAAAAGUGAAGGAAGAAUGGAUGGAACAAAAUAAAGGGAAAUACUGCAAGAGAAUCUGCUUCACUAAAAAACUGAAGCUUGGGAGGAAAUUCACUUUUCAGCAGGACAAUGAUCCCAAGCACAAGGCCAAAGCAACAUUGGAGUGGCUCAAGAUCAGAAAGGUGAAUGCCCUACAGUGGCCCAGUCAAAGUCCUGAUCUCAAUCCCAUUGAGAAUCUGUGGUGCUCUUUGAAAAUGGUGGUCCCUAAGUGACGUCCAACCAACCUGAACGACCUGGAGCAAAUGUGCCAAGAAGAAUGGGCCAAAAUCCCUCUGACACUGUGUGCAAAGCUGGUGCAUACCUACCCCAAAAGACUUAAAACUGUUAUUGCAGUGAAAGGUGGCUCUACCAAAUAUUAAUGUGUGGGGGCUAAAUACUUAUGCAAGCAAUAUGUUUGUUUUUUAUGUUUCUUACCAACAUUUCCCAACAUAAAACAAAUGUCACCUUACAAUAAUUGAUUUUUGAGUUUCAGCGUUUCAAAAUAAAAUAUCAUACAGAAUGAAAUUACCAUUUGUAAUUCAGUAAUAUGAGACCAUUGGUCAGGGGUCUAUUAUUUUUGCAAGGCACUGUAAUUAUAUUCUUUUUAGCUCCCAGCUCAGUGAGAUCAGGGUCCUUCUCCAAGGCACGCUAGUCAUCUAUGUGCUGGGAUUUUAUUUUAUUUUUUAGUUGAGGAACAUUCUGUUAUACAAGCCUGAAAUUGUACAAGUCGAGAAAUACGUUUUACCAUCUUAUCUGCCAUUCAUGAAAACUGGCCCUCCAUCUUAGCUCAGGGAAGAUUUUGCCACAGUGCCGGCACAAGCUGUACAGCCUCCCCUCCACAGCACUUACUGUCCCAAUCUGGUGUCCAGCAGGCAAGGUGCAGACAAAGUCAUUGGUCACUACAUUGUAGUCAGCAGGAAUGCACAACUGCCCUUGGAUAGCAGCACUCACACCAGGCAUGUACGGCUGCAGGAUGAUGGACAGCAGGGAUGCAAUGUUGACAGCCACUCCUAUCACUGUGCCUGCUCGCUUCCUAGGAAGAUAAAAUAACGCUGAUAAGCAAUACAAGAGGCCUCUCUGGGGAAGGAAAGACAGAAAUCAAGAAAAGGAGAUGGCGGCCUAUAUGCCAGAGCCAAACCAGGCCUCCCAAAAGAAAGAAAGCAAGGCCCGCUAGCUCACAGCAAAGAGAAAGAAGCUAUGGACCUAGGAACAAAGAGAGAAACAGUUUUUCUAACAGCAGGAUCUAACACAAGUUGGGCAUAUCCCAUAAUGGCAAGACAGAAUUUGGCUUAGCUGGCCACUUCACCUACAGUACGCCAUCGCAAACCAGCAUUUUCCUCACAGCCAAGACUCACUUGUCUGCAUCACUGCCCUUGAUGCGUUUCCAGGGCUCAUUGACCUGAAGAUACUGGUUGCCAUGACGAGCAAUGUUUAGGAUACUGCGCAGGGCAUCACGGAUCCUGCAAGAGAAAAACAGAAAAGUGGUAGGAGGAGCCAAACCAGGGCAAACAAAAAUGUAGCCAUCUCUUCUUAACCCUAGUUGCUAGGAAGCGACAGGGCCCGGGGCUUAUACAUAUCCGCUUGCCUGAUCACCUGGGGCAAGUUAGGAACCAUCUCCAGGCAACCAUACAGGAAAGUUUUUGCAAAUCAGCUGUUGGGUUUUUUCCUUCUCAAACCACCACAAAAUACUAACAAAGAUGAAUGCAGGCAGGCAAAGUAGUAAAGUUCUUGUGGACUAGUAAAUUUUGUUAUUUGGAAGGGUGACAGAGCCUGCAUUUGUUGUAGCUCAACCUCUACACCUUCAUCUUUAACACUAAUCAGGUUUUGCCUCUCAAAAAGCCCCAUUAUAAACAGCACACCCAAGUACAUAACCAGAAAUUAAGUUUCUUAACACAAUGCAAGGCGGACUCUGGAAGAGGUUUCUUCCACAUGUUUACUCAGGGGUAAUGGAAAGGAUCUCUGCACAAGCUCAGAUGCUCUCUUUUACUAAUUCACAUGUUCAGGGCCAAUCUAAUGAAGAGGAAAGGAACGACAGAACAGGUGGGGGAAUCGCCAUUUCUCCUUAGCCUACAUGCUGCUGCCGCCCAUGCUUGGGAAGAGCCACUCCUGUACGGAUUUUGACUAAACCAGAGACAGCACAAAGUCCUUGGGCUAAUGGCAGGUGAUAGGUUCCAAGGACGUACUUGACCUUCUCCAGCAACUGGUUGUACUGACGCAGCUCCAGGGUGAUGUUAGCCAGCAGGCGCUUGUCAUCGUGACUCAGCUCCAUGGAGGGGACGUUUCCCCCAAAGAAUUUGCACACAAAGGACCCAGCUCUGAGAGAGAGGAAGGGGGGGAUGAGUAUGAGUGAUGUAUUAUAUGCCAUUAAACUCUACAGUUUUGCCAGUCAUUUUAUUUUACAGGAAACCAGACUAAUUAUCAUUUGAUGGUUGUAUUGCUUUGACAUUGUUGUGAUCCAAUGGUUAGUGUGCAGUAAACUGAUGGCUGACUACUGAACAGGCAGGUCAUUUAAAACCUCUAACUGGAUACAGAAAUUUAAAAAAAAGUAGUUUGCAGAGAAGUAUAGGGACAUGUAUCCCAACCAAGGGCAGUAACAAAUCUGUAUCUGUUAACAAAUUCACUGAACAAACAGUCUGUUGCAGAUUGCCUGCUUUGCAUUGCAUGGAACUGUCAGAUAUACAUUUAUUAUCUUGCUUCUCUCCCCCCCCCAAAAAAACAAAUGUGUCACCAGGUUGUAAUGUUCUACUCACACUGUGGAUUUGAUGCAUGAUUUCCCUCCUUGCCACCCGAUUACCUGUUGAUGAAGUUGCCAAGGGUGUUGAGCAGCUCUGAAUUGUUUUUAAGCAUGAGAUCAUUCCAAGAGAAGGCGCUGUCCUGGCUUUCCGGCCGCAAGUAGAGCAGGUAGAAGCGCCAGAUGUCUGCAGGAAUGCCUGUGUCCAUGGCCAUAUCCCCAAAGACCCCCACGCCACGACUCUUAGAGAAUUUGCCAUCCUCAUAGUUCAAGUAUUCUGUAGAGAGAAAGAUGCAGCGAUGGCUUUAACAGAGAAUUAGACCAAUUCAUAGCGGAUAAGGUUAUCAGUGGCUACUAGCCACAAUGGCUAUGUUCUCCCUCAAGUGCUGGAGGCACUGUGCCUCUGAAUACCAGUUGGUGGGAACUGCUGGAGGGGAGUGUGCUCUUGUGCUCGAGUCCUGCCUGUCAGCUUCCUGUAGGGGCAUCUGAGAGAACACAAUGCUGGACCUGAUGGGCCUCCAGCCGGAUUCAGCAGAGCUUAAAUGGUUAGGAGUUUAAAGAUUUGCUCCAAUCCCAUAUCGCAAAAAAGGGAACCUUUUUGUGACACGGGAGCUCUGACAUGAUUUUAAUCAAGAUACCCAACCGGCCUGAAGUCUAGCUUCAAACCAGUGGCUUUUUGAGGGCCGGAAAUGAAAGAGUGGCAGGUGGGCAAUCUUGCAAAACACCCACGACACCCCACCCACGACACCCCACCCACGACACCCCACCCACGACACCCCACCCACCCAGCAGUACCUGUUGCAAUAAGAUGGUUGACUAGGGUGUAACUGUCACCAGUACCCAGCAACGAGCAAGGAAACACAACGCUGUGGAAGGGGACGUUGUCCUUGGCCAUGAAGUUAUAAAGCUGCACCUGAAGAGAAACAGGAGGUGGGCUGCAUGGUUAUCAAGGCACACUUCUCCUCACAAUCACUCUACCCUGUUCUGCCCCAAAUGGCAGAUUAUUAUUUGUUGUGAAUUAUUAUUAUUACUACUACCCAUAAUAACCAGAAGCAUAGAUGUCCCUGAGGAUGGGAUAACCAUAUGUAAUCUAACACAUGGAAGAAGGGAGACACUCUGGGUCCUAAAUGCACCCCUCACCCCCCUCAGUGCUCAGAUGCACCAUCUAACAGAAUGUCUGCCUGGAUUCCAGACUACACACACACACACACGAACUACUGCACAUCCUUUACACAAAAGGAGUUUAUCUGGAAGGGCUCUCCCAGUCUUAUGUCUUCUGCAAAGGAGAUCCCCCUUCAGUCAGAAGUGUACAGAAUCAACAAUCUCGUCACCUGCUCUGGGUUCUUCCACCAUUUCUCCCAUUGGUCGGUGUAACUGGCUGCAAUGGAUAGGUAGCCAAUGGGAGCAUCAAACCAGACGUAGAACACCUACAAAAAUGACAAGACCAAAAAAAGCGGGGAUGACUCAUAGAAGGCAGGCCAGGAAGCACUUGCAGAGAGAGGAGCGGCUAGCCUUCAAGUCAUACAGCCAUCCUCUGCACAUUCCCUUCACAACAUCCCAGUUGAAAAUUUGGCAUCUCUGCCCACACACGUACAUUGUUGAUCCUUAUUUUACAGAUGGAAAGUCACACCACUGGCACUUAAUUUCUAAAAUGAGAUGGGACACAGCUCAAGCUUUUAACCAAUGCCAAGUGUGUAGCGACAGAUUACUGAUUCUUCAGUGGUGGACUACAGGUGUUCUGCAUAUACAAAAUUUAAUCAACAACACUUAGGAACAUGGGAAGCUGCCUUAUACUGAGUCGGACCACUGGUCCAUCUACUCAGUAGUGUCUACACUGACUGGCAGCAGCUCUCCAGCUUUCAAGCAAGGAUUGAAAGGAUUGAUUCUGCAUGCACAGCAGACCUUUCUAUGUUAAGUAUGGCAAUUAGAUCAUCAUUCUGAGGGAUGAAUAAAGCAUUAAGCCACGUGCAUAAAUCCUGAGCAUCACUUUGUAAAAGUCAAAGUAUGAAUAAAUGAGACGGAAAUAAUAAAGCAUUUUGUUCACUGAAAAACGCUAUAUAAAGUUACUAGUGAAUAAUGCCACCAAGAUGGUUAGGGAUUUCAGAAGAGGAGGAGACACAACACAAACAACAUUCCGGGCUCCUUGUACAAUGCCCUCCUUUCUUCCAGCCAUCAUGCCUCUAGACUAGAACUCUAGUUCUGCUAGAACUCCCAUGCCCUGAUCCAUCUGGGGGCCCCCUCAAAAGGAAUAGCCUUGACCCGCCAAGGAAGAACGAACACUCAGUAUUGCUCUGGAAGGAUUCAGCGAUAAACCUUAGACCCCAAGAGCCUUGGGUCUCUGCCCCAUCGCUCACCUUUUCACGGAAGCCAUCCAAAGGGACUGGGGUGCCCCAUUUCAGGUCACGAGUAAUGCAACGUGGCUUGAGCCCAUCCCGGAUCCAGGAGCGGGUGAUGUAUCUUGCAUUGGGAGUCCAGUCCCCAGCGGACUGAGAUACGGCCAGCCACUUCUCCAGGCUGUCUUCUAGCUAACCGUGGGAAGAUUGAAGUCAGUGAAUGGGGAUUCCAGUUGUAAUGUCGUAUGUUCUAGCACUCACUACUACCGUUAAUAGCACUAAGCAAAGAGUACGUCGUACAUACAUUGUAACAUCCUUCACAAGAACCAACCCCAAACAAGAGGGACUCACCUUGGGCAAGUCGAGGAAGAGAUGCUGCGAGGAUUUUACCACAGGGGUCCCCUGGCAGACUUUGCACAUUGGUUUCUGCAAGAAGCAAAAGAAGACAGAGUCACAAUGUGUUUGGCCCAAGUCCAACAAGUAAAUGCCAUGAAGGAAGUGGCACAAAUCAUGUACGUAGAACCACAACGUGUGCAAAAAGGUGUGUGCUGGAAAGUAAUUACUGGCCGCAACUUGCCAUUAUGUGCUCACUAUGUGAGUGUAAAGAAAUUUACAUGUGUGUAAGACUGUUGCAUGCAGUGAUCUACAAAUGGGACGGAUGCAAUUUCCUAUACAGAAUCUUGAAAUGUUCUGAUGCAGUCCCUGCACAAUCAAUCAAGUCUUUGAGUACAUAAGGAAUCUGAGUGGGACUUGCAAAGGUUUCCACCCUCUUGGCUUCUAUAAUUCCCUAUUCUUCUGCACUGACCUUAAUUACUUAUACCCGUCACUAUCUUCUACUUGCCAGUCUUACAAAUCUAAGUUGCCCCUUUUACUCGUCAUAUUAGGGAAAUAGAAGCAUCAUAAUCAAGGGGUGAACAUCAGCUCUACGUACUUCUCAAAUUAUGAGGCUUAUAGGGGCAAUCUGGGGAAGGUUUCCACAUGCCCAAAUUAGAUUGAGACAGUAACAAAGUGUCUGAGUCGGAUCAGGGACUCUCUACAGUCCUGAGUCACACUGUGGACACAGGUGACAAAGAGAUGUGGCUUUUUUCUUUUUUUAAACAAAAGCAAAACCAAGUUGACCAGGGAAACGCCUUGAGCCUGAGUGGAAAGGAGCCUUUGUUUUGAUUGAUAGGUCUAUGUUUCAAUCAGUGAAUUAUUUUCCCAGGGCAUUCCAAUCACAGUGAUUUAGGGGAGGGAUGUUGCAGUAAAUAUUAAAAACCGUGUUUCUUUUUCACAUGGAUCUAUGCUAUUUUUCCCAUCACCAACCCUUUCCCUAAGCAGAAGAGACUAUAUCCCCAAAAAUGCAUGUAACAGGUGAAGUUCAUUGCCUACCAAGAUGCUUAGAGUACAUUUUCCCAUCCCAAUCUUUUCUGGGGAUCCAUACUCUUUUUACCCCACCCUGCCAUCUUUUAUUUUUAUUGUACACUAUGAUGUUCCUGUAUGUGAAUGUAAAUAUGGUAAGUGGAGUGAGUGAGAAGGGGGAGUACAUGGGCUGUAGAAUGCUGGAUGAUGAUUGGCUGUGUGUUUGAAUGGCUGAAGGUAUAAAUGAGAGGAUGACAGUUGAGUCGGGGGGGUUGGACAGGGUGGUUGUGGACAGGGAGGUUGAUGUGGAGAGUAAGAGGUGGCUGUUGAGAUAUUGGAUUGGGAGUUCUGAGGCAAAUAGUAGGAAUUAGGAACAUAAGAGAAACAUAUAUGAAACCAUAUGCUUGUCAAUGAAAUCUAUAAGUAAUCUUGUUAUUCUUAGUGUUAUCAAUAAAUAUUUUCUUGGUUUACUUAAAGCCUGAUUCCUCAGCUGGGGGGCACAGACCAGGGGGGAGGCAGAGUAACCAAGGCUGAAGAAGAAAUAGUAAUGAAUGGUGGCAGCGGUGAAGGAAGAGAUAUUGUAUCAACAUCCAGUACCACAGAGCAACCCAGAGCUGUGAGCUUCAUAGGCAAGAGGCUUCAGGGGGGUUGGGAAUUACCUAUACACACAGACACAAGGUAUCAAAAUAACCAGGAAGAGACUAAGGCACAGUCUAGAGGUUAUAUUGGAUACACAGAGUGUUGGGUAGUGUGGCCUAGCAGGUGGAUCUUUUGAGAUCUGUGCUAGAGCGGAGAGAGGUAAAAAUAAACACAACGAUCUUGACUGCUGGUAGCCACGAGUGAGAGCGACACAGGUGGUGCCAGGGAAGGACGUCACAUACAAACCCCAAAACGGUAACGUCUGCCCUUGUGUGAGAACCAGUGCAGCUAUCAUUCUGAAAUAUGGCAGACUUCAUCCUCUCAGAAAGGGUGACCAUGCCUGUAAAUUGCAUCCAAUUCUAAUAGAAAGUAAGAGACUUUUUAAGAAAAAUACCCUGCACAAAAACUCCUGAAUCUAUUUGCCUACAAUGUGGUAGGCUUAAUCUACUUUGAAGGGGCUCCUAUGCCUGCAAAUUUCAUCCACUUCUGUGAAAAGAGAAACACUGAGAAGGGAUCGUGAGCUAGCACUGCAGGAAUCUCUGUUUCCAUCUGUGGGGAGAAGAGGGGGAAUCUGUCCUAGCCUAGCGUGGUGCAGAGAAAAAGGCUGUUGCUCAGUGGUAGAGCAUCUGCUCUGCAUGCAGAAGGUCCCAAAUUCAAUCCCCAGCAUCUCCAAGUCAGUCUAGGACAGAACCCAGCCUGAAAUCCUGGAAAGCCUCUUCUAGUCAGCAUAGACAGUACUGACUAGAUGGACCAAUGGUCUAACUCAGUAUAAGACAGCUUUCUAUGUUCCUAGGUGGGACCCAUUCCAUCAUUUCUUCUGGAUUCCAUCAUUGUUUCGGUGGAACAAAACGUGACCCGAGGCUAAAAAAGAAAUGCUAAGAACGGAGGUUUCCAUGGCCAUAUGGGUAGCAGUACCUUGAGUUCAGUGGCAUUGAUGAGCUUGCCACAUUUAUCGCACUGGUCCCCACGAGCCUCUUCAUAGUUGCAGAAGGGGCAGAUGCCUUCCACAAAGCGGUCAGCCAGGAACCGCUCACAGUUCUCACACUUCAACUGAUCCACCGUCUCUGUCAGAAGGUAAUUGCGCUCCAGUAGUCUCUGGAAAAUGUCCUGAGCUAUCCUGAGGUGGGGAGAAGAAAAGAUGUAUGAGGAAGGACCACAGUUCUCCUUCCAGCAGACAGGCCCUCUGUGUUCUUCUUAGGCUUACCUGCAAGGUCAAUCGACACGAUUUCAAGUUAUAACAUGUUGUAACCCCUCCCUGAGCUAUGUAUCCUUACUUUUAAUAAGCUUUGUUUUUGUUUUGUUAAUUAUCAUGCGCUGUCUUUAGUAUUUAGG